UCAAUUUAAUUAACUCGUAUUUAUGGUUUUCAUACAUAUUCAGAAUAUGUAAGUUUCGUAUAUGAUCAUCAAAUGAUAUGAACUAAUAUGCACUGACCAAUCACUCAUGCUUCAAUGACAUCACGUCAUUUUAGUUUGUAGAACAUGGUAGCGCCACUGUUCAAAUUAAUGUUGGUGUCGAAUGAAGGGAGCUACUUAGCAGUCCAUAUUUAUGUAAUCAAAGCCUAACAUGCAUACUGUGUCUCUCUCUCGCCAAAUAGCUCUUUACUAAAGUGCCAAUUGGGUGUGUCGGUGCGUGUAAAUGACCAAUGGAAUCCACGGUCCGUGUCGGCCGGUUUAUGGCUAAUUGUACGGUUAAAUUUUACUGCAUUAUAUCAUUUGUAUCUUAUUUCGCAAUCGUAGUCAUUUAUAUUUGAACAUUUGUGUAGGAAAAUAAGAACUGACAUAUUAAUUUGUCACAUCCUCAUUUGAUUCUUGUAUUAUUGAAUUAUACAGAAUCAGAAUUUUAUUGUAAGCAGUCAACAUCUUUUUAAUCGCAAUGUCAGUACAAUGGUUUAGGAUAUUAAAGAUAGGUUAUUGCAGUAUGAUUCAUAAGAGACCACGUCCAUUAGUAGUGUGUGGUCCUUCGGGCACUGGAAAAAGCACUUUGAUAAAGCGAUUGUUUGACGAAUUUCCUGGCACUUUCAAAUUUUCAGUGUCUCAUACAACUAGGGCGCCUCGACCUGAUGAACAAGAUGGAAUUCACUAUCAUUUCACAAAUAAAGAAAAAAUGCAAGAACAAAUUCAAAAUGGUGAAUUUAUUGAAACUGCUACAUUUAGUGGGAAUUUAUAUGGAACGAGCAAACAAGCAGUUGAAGAGGUACAACGCUUAGGAAAGGUGUGCGUACUAGAUAUCGACAUACAAGGCGUGAAACAAAUAAAACACACAGACCUCAAUCCUCUUUACGUAUUUAUAAAACCACCUUCUAUUAUAGAACUAGAGCGACGAUUAAAAGCUAGAAACACAGAAACUAAAGAAUCCUUAGAACGUAGAUUGUCGAUUGCCAGAGCUGAAUUAGAAUAUGACGAAACAACGAGCUAGUUGGCAGUUGAAAGAUAAUGGACCGGAUAACUCAAAUAUCUGAACACAAAUAACGCGUUGUUACCAACGAAAUGUUUGCAAAAUAUUUAGGUAUAUUUGAUCAAUUUGUAUAAUUAAAAUGUGUAUGUAUAUACACAAAUUUUUCAAGUUGGAGUUGGAGCUAAUCCAUUUAACUGAGUUUAUGUUCUCGCAUAUCUAUAUUUGCCAUAUCUUUAAUUGCAAAUUUUAAUUAUUAUUUCUAUAAUAAUAAUAAUUGUAAUAAUUGAGUUUACAUUUUAUAUUAAGUCCGAGCUGGCAAUUUUAAGUAGCGAUUUUUAAAGUAAAUCGCAUCGUGACGUGUUAUUUUUUUUAUCGAAUAAAAAAUCCACUCUACUUUUGUAGGGAUGCAGAUAGACUUUGAUUAAAAUACGAAUUUUAACUUAACGCUUUCAUAAAAAGUAACUCGAAAAAAUAAAAAUAAAAUUAUAGAUGUAGCUGACUGAGACUAUUCACCAAAAAA